AUGUUACCUGAAACUCGCAUUGGAAGGUUCGACGAACCAAUCGUACAACGCACACAAUUGGGGUGGAUCUUGACCGGCAAUGUAACGCCUGUUUUCAAACGCUCAACGAGCAUUCGCUGUCACCACUCCACGCUUCAACUUGAAUCUCUCGUUCAAAGGUUUUAUGAACAUGAACAAAUACCUGCGGACCGAGCAUCAUCUCUCGAAGAAAACUGGUGUGAAAACCAUUUUCUGCAAACACAUUUGCGUCAACCCAAUGGCAAGUACUUGGUAAGGCUUCCAUUAAAGCAUUUGUUUGACCAAACUCAAACACUUUGCAAGUCUAAGCAAACAGCACUACAUCGUUUUUAUUGCCUAGAGCGCAAACUUCAACGCGACGAGAAACUACGCAAGCUUUACAGCGAAUGCAUCCAUGACUACUUCGAAUUAAAUCAAAUUAAGCCUGCUACAACAACGGAGAGAGAUCACUGCGCCUUUACUCCGGCGAAUGCUCCAACAGUGACCUCGUGCGUUUUGCCACAUCAUGCAGUGCUUAAAGAAGAGAGCUUAACGACUAAGCUACGCAUCGUUUUCGAUGCUUCGUGUAAGACAACGAAUGGCAGAUCUUUGAAUGAUGUUUUGUGCACUGGCCCGGCGCUGCAAAACGACUUAUCUGCAGUAAUCUUGAAUUGGCGAAAACAUAAAUUCGCGUUAACUGCUGAUAUACAAAAAAUGUAUAGAUGCAUCAAUAUGCACCCCGAAGACUCGCAAUAUCAGUGCAUCAUAUGGCGGAAUGGCGAAGGAAAUAUUAAAGAAUACUGUCUCACCACGGUCACAUUUGGAGCGGCCUCGGCCCCAUACACCGCAAUACGUGUACUUCAUCAACUCGCGGAAGAUGAAAGGGAGUCACACCCACUAACAGCAGAGGUUCUCAAACACGAAUUUUAUGUCGAUGACGUGCUAUCCGGCAGUGACUCCAUCGAAGGCGCUAUAGCUAUUCGUGAGCAAGUUACUGCGGCUCUGCUCUCUGCUGGUAUCAACUUACGCAAGUGGAGCAGCAACUCGAUCGGUUUACUGGAUGGAAUUCCUCCGGAGCACAUGUCAAGAGCAACUGUUUAA